CCUCUCAGGGACGGCAGUAAAGACAGCGCUGUCCCUGCUUUGCUCUCUGUGCUCCUUUAGUUACUGAGGUCAGUUCCCUGGGAACACAAGUAUUCUAGUAGUUAGGAGUAUAUUUCGUGGCGGUUGGAUAGAGGGUCCAAUUCAGGUUACAUAAAAUAACCAAAACUGUCACUAGCCAAGCUCUUUGCUAGGCUUAGGGUGAAGUCAAAACUGCUCCCAUUCAUUCCGAUAAAACGAAACAACUUCCCCACACACAAGUAUUGAACAGAAUAUUGAGUAGACAUGGUUUGGGUGACAGAGGGUAGCGCUAAGAUUCUUCCAGAAGCUGUACUCGAGGCCGGCUUUACAGAGGAGACAUGAGCAGCAGGCCGUGGAAGAAAGCUCCAGCUCACCCUCCAGUCUUUGAUUCAGGAACGGACACUAUCAGGGAGGACUGUGGGGCCACAGCCAGGCCUGCCAUGUCUCUGUGUCCACCUCUGCGAGGCAGAUGGAAGCUGGGGUGGAAGGAUUCGAUGCAGGGCUCUCUGCAUCCCCCCCAGCAAAACUAUGAGGCGCUGCUGGACCGCUGCCUGAGGAACCACUGCCUCUUCGAAGACAGCAGCUUCCCGGCCACUCAGAGCUCCAUUGGCAGUGGGGCUCUGCUGCAGAAGCUGCCUCGACGCCUGCGGUGGAGGCGACCCCCGGAGCUGCACAGCAAUCCCCAGUUCUAUUCAACUGAGACCAAAAGGCUGGAUCUGUGCCAGGGAGUAGUAGGAGACUGCUGGUUCUUGGCUGCUUUGCAAGCUCUGACUUUGCACCAGGACAUCAUGAACCGGGUUGUUCCCCUGGAUCAGAGUUUCACUGAGAAUUACGCAGGCAUCUUCCGGUUCUGGUUCUGGCACUUUGGGAAGUGGCUUUCUGUGGUGAUAGAUGACCGUCUACCUGUGAAUGAGACUGGCCAGCUGGUCUUCGUGUCCUCCACCUAUAAGAAUUUGUUCUGGGGAGCUCUUCUGGAAAAGGCCUACGCCAAGCUCUGUGGUUCUUAUGAAGAUCUGCAAUUUGGACAAGUGUCUGAAGCCCUUGUGGACUUUACUGGAGGGGUGACAAUGACCAUCAACCUGUCAGAAGCCCCUGGAAACCUGUGGCACACCCUAACCCAAGCCACCUACAGCAGAACCCUUAUUGGCUGCCAGACUCAUUUAGGGAAGGAAGGGGUGCUGAAGAAUGGGCUGGUGGACGGCCAUGCCUAUACUCUCACAGGAAUCCGGAAGGUGACCUGCACAUAUGGACCUGAGUACCUAGUGAAGCUACGAAACCCCUGGGGAAAGGUGGAAUGGAGAGGAGAUUGGAGUGACAGCUCAAGUACAUGGGAGCUUCUGAGCCCCAAGGAGAAGAUUCUACUUCUGCGGAAAGAUAACGAUGGAGAAUUCUGGAUGACACUGCGGGACUUUAAAGCCCAUUUUGCACUCCUGGUCAUCUGUAAACUAACUCCAGGCCUGUUGAGCGCAGACAUGGGCCAGAAAUGGAUGUACACCACGUGGGAGGGCCGAUGGCAGAAAGGAAGUACAGCUGGUGGCCGGAUGGAGUCCCCUCGAGACACAUUUUGGAAGAACCCGCAGUUCCUGCUGUCCAUCUGGAGGCCUGAGGAGGGCAGGAGGUCCCGGAGUCCCUGCAAAGUGCUGGUGUCUCUGCUCCAGAAGCCCAGACACAGGCGCCGCAACCAGAAGCCUCGCCUGGCCAUCGGCUUCUUCCUCUUCAGAAUGAGCAAGUUCUAUGAGGACCAGAGGAAACUGCCCCCCGAGUUCUUCUGGAGAAAUGCUCCCCUGAGUGGGCCCGAGGUGUUCCUCACGGAGAGGGAAGUGACUCGGGAGCUAUGGCUGGAGCCCGGCACGUACCUCCUCGUGCCCUGCACAUCCGAAGCCCACAAGGAGGCAGAGUUCCUCCUCAGGCUCUUCUCCAGGAAGCACACCUUACGUGAACUGGGCAGCAGUUCCAGUGUGGUCUUUUCUAAGUAUCCAGAAAUAAAUGCAGUUGAGCUGUGGAAGAUCCUGAACCACAUGACCUGGCCAGGACUGGCAAACGCAUGGCCCAUCUUCAGCCUGGAUUCCUGUCAGAGGAUCCUGGCUCUCCUGGAUCUUGAUGUGUCAGGUACUUUGAGUGUCCAGGAAUUCAGGGGCCUAUGGAAGCGGCUGUUGUGCCAUCAGAUGUCUUCCAAACCUUAACCCAAGAUGGCAAAGGGAUAGACCUGCAGAAGCCAAGUGUGGCUGAGGACGACCCUGUACGCCUGAGAAGGCCAGAGUUGGUCUGCCCUCAGUAAGGACUCUGCAUGUGUCCCAACACUAUGGAGACCAACGCUUUGUUCAGUCCACUUUCUGCUCUUCCAGACCAUAUACCAGCCAUCACCCGCUCAGAUGGGAAGAUUUCUUUCCUGCAGGAAGAUUCCAUUCCUUUCAAUGGCUAGUAUGCAAAAAGGGAAGGCAGGGAGCAAAGAUUCCUUGCAUUUGUUAAAUCCAGCUACCUUUCCUUGGGGCCACAACCUUGCCGCAAGCAGAGAUGUUACCUGGUACGGCCUACACUGUCUGAUUCCAGAGCUGGGGUGGCUGGCCUCUGCAGCACCUCCGUGACUGGCCGACUUAAAUACCACUUAGGAUAAGAGCCUCGGUUUCAAGGUCUGAAGAGGGAAUGCUGUAUCCUUAGAUAUCUGUAAAUUGGCAGAGGUAUAACCUGAAGUUUCAGUCAUUUGGGGAUGAGGCUAGGAAUUUUAAGAACACAGGGAAAAAGCAUUGGCAAGACCAGGUGGGCAUGCUGACUCUGAGGUCUGAACUCACCAUAGUCUUCAACUAAUAAUGUUGCAGAUGACUAA